AUGGCAGUGGAAGUGGCGUUGACGAACCACCUGGUGUUCGGGUCGAUUCUCAACACGAUCCUUUUGACCACUGACCUUUUAUUGAUUGAUCUUGACCGUGACGCCGAGGAUUUCUUCAGAACCCUUCGAGGCAAGUACAGUGGACUCUUAUUGGUUAACAAACUUGCUUACGGUUCCCGACAAGAACUUCUUACUCCUGGACAUGAUGAAACUCCAAUGUCAGUCAACCGAGCUUUUGGGUCAUCACCACCACAACACAAUUUUGAGGAAGGUUUCAACCCAGAACUCACCACUUUGGACCUCGAAUAUCUGCCAAAAGAUCAGCUGACGUAUGGAGAACAGGCAGAAAACGCCAUCGAGGAAGUGGAAUAUUUGCUGGCACAUUCCGGAUGGAAAUUGUCUCACAAUCGCGGCGGAGCAACGAGCAGAGUCGAUGCAACACCACAAGAACUGUUGCAAGAAUUCUGGCUCAACGGCGACAACGCGCCAAAUUGGAACUCUGACAUUACUCAUUCCGAGACUCUCGAGGAUCUCAACCCGAGUUUGACAAUUGGCUACAAAAUUUCAGGCCCACUUGCUGGAGGUUCAGUUAGUUCCAGAGACUUUCUGUUGGUGACAGCUCGCAAAAAAAUCGUUGACUCCUACUUCAUUGUGUAUGAAAGCACAACCCAUCAAAAGGACCCCAAGAACCCAGACUAUGUCAGGGCAACCAAUGGACCCAGUGGCUUUGUCUUCAAACCUGCCUAUGAAGAUGGGAAGCUGAUGACUGACAUGGUCUGGUUGCUCAACCUUGACAUGCACAUGCCAUCAAUUGUGCCAACAGCCAUAGUUGAGAAGAUGCUGCCUUUGAACAUGAUGAAGUACAUGAAGCAGCUCAAGAAACAUGUGGAAGUCAUGAAAUCCACAAAUACUUAGUCUUUCAGAAUGAAGUGUUGCUUAGUAAAACAUUGUCUUGUUGACAGUCCUCUCAAGUGGUGAAGUUUCUUUGUACCAUUGACUUUCAAAGGUUCCUUCCAGGAUAUCUUGAGUCCAAUUCCAGAGA